AUGUGCCCGUCUGAGAUGGGGGCGCUGCGGUACCCCUGGUCCCCCCUGCUCAUCAGCCUGGCAGCCCUCUUCUCCAAAGCCGCUGAGACCCGCGGGAUCCUGGAGGGCGUGCAGAGGUUCUCGGUGCUGCCCACCUACCUGCCAGUGACCUACCGCAUCAGCGAUGCCGACGUGGCCUUCUUCCUCAAGGAGGCCAACCAGGACAUCAUGAGAAACUCGAGUCUGCAGUCCAGGGUGGAGUCCUUCCUCGUCUACAAGUCCGCGAGGCUGCCCGUGCUCAGCGCCAGCUACGGGCCCUUCUCCGUCCAGCAGGUCGUGCCGCAGGACCUCCUGCUGCCUGCCCACCCCUUGGGGUUCGCCAGCAAGUUCUCCCUCAACUGGAAGCUGAAAGCCUACAUCCUGCGGGACAGGGUCUACCUGAGCCGGCCGCAGGUGCAGGUUCUGUUCUACAUCGUGGGCCGGGACUGGGACGACCAUGGGGCCUUGGAGCCGCUGCCCUGCCUGCGCGUGUUUGCUUUCCGCGAGACCCGGGAGGUGAGGGGCAGCUGCCAGCUGCGAGGCCCGCUGGGGCUGUGCGUGGCCAAGCUGGAGCUGUUGCCCGGCUGGUUCGGCGCCCCCACCGUGGUGGCCGGGAGGAAGAAGGCCGAGCGGCCCGGGGGGAGCCCGGUGGAGCUGUACUACGCCGUCCAGCCGGGGGCCGAGCGCGGGGGCUGUGCCCAGGGCGCCCCGAGGACCGGCCGUGGCGCGCGGCUGGGCCCUGGUGACGCGGAGGAGUUGGUGCCACCCCUGCAGAGAAUCGGGAGCGUGUUCCUCUCGCAGACCCAGGGCCCCCCCUCCCUGCAAGAGCUGCGCCUGGACGACAAGGUGGCCGUGCACUUCCCACCCCGGAACGCCCGGCGGGGCGAGGUGCUCACCUUCCCUGUGUCCGUCUCCAGAAACGCCACCGAGGACCACUUCACGCUGAGGGCCAAGGUGAAGAAGGGCCUGAGUAUCGUCGGGGUGCGAGCCAGCAACCCCUCAGUCUGGGACGUCCGGCAGAGUGCGGACCACGCGGGCAAGCACGCGCCGGCCGUCAUCAUGUGUCGGAGGAAGUCGGCCACCUCAGAGAGCAGUGCAGGCGGCGCCUCCGACGAAGUCAUGCAGGUCGACGUGCAGAUAGAAGAACCCGGCGACCCUCCGGCCACACAGCUGGUCACGUGGCAGGUCGAGUACCCGGGGGAGCUCACUUCCGACCUGGGGGUGUCCAAGAUCUAUGUGAGCCCAAAGGAUGUGAUUGGAGUCAUCCCACUGGCCAUGGAGGCAGAGAUCCUGAACACGGCCAUCCUCACGGGGAAGACAGUGGCUGUGCCAGUGAAGGUGGUGGCCGUGGAGGAGGACGGUACGGUGACAGAGCUGCUGGACUCCGUGCAGUGCAGAUCCUCGGACGAGGACACCAUUAAGGUGUCGGACAGGUGCGACUACGUCUUUGUCAACGGCAAGGAGAUGAAGGGCAGGGUGAACGCGGUGGUGAACUUCACCUACCAGCACUUGCACGGUGCCCUGGAGAUGGCAGUGUGGGUGCCCCAGCUGCCCCUGCACAUCGAGAUCUCUGACGCUGAGCUCAACCAGAUCAAGGGAUGGAGGGUGCCCAUCAUAGCCAGUAAGAGGCCGGCCCGAGACAGCGAGGAGGAGGAGGAGGAGGAGGAGCGGCGGGGCCGGGGCUGCACCCUGCAGUACCAGCACGCCUCAGUGCGGACCCUCACCCAGUUUGUGGCCGAGGCGGCUGAGCCCGGGGGACACCUGGCCCACCUGCUGGGCGCUGACUGGCAAGUGGACAUCACCGAGCUGGUGCGUGACUUCAUGCAGGUGGAGGACCCCAGGAUCGCCCGAGUGCAGGGGGGACAGGUCCUGAUCGGACAGGAGCUCGGGAUGACCACCAUUCAGAUCCUGUCCCCCCUGUCGGACGCCAUCCUGGCUGAGAAGACCGUCAUGGUGCUGGACGAGAAGGUGACCAUCACGGACCUCGGCGUCCAGCUGGUGACGGGACUGUCCCUGUCCCUGCAGCUCAGCCCAGGCAGCAACAGGGCUGUGUUUGCCACAGCGGUGGCCCAGGAGCUCCUGCAGAGGCCAGAGCAGGAAGCGGCCAUCAGUUGCUGGGUCCAGUUCAGUGAUGGCUCUGUCACACCCUUGGAUAUUUAUGAUGGGAAAGACUUCUCCCUCGUGGCCACAUCCCUGGAUGAGAAGGUGGUGUCUAUCCACCAAGACCCCAAAUUCAAGUGGCCUGUAAUCUCUGCUGAAACAGAAGGGCAGGGGGCACUGGUGAAGGUUGAAAUGGUCAUCAGCGAGUCAUGCCAGAAGUCCAAGAGGAAGAGUGUGCUGGCUGUUGGGACCGCCAACCUCAAAGUUAAAUUUGGCCAGAGUGACGCUAACCCCAACACCAGUAACAGCAGGUAUGCUGGCCCAAGAGUUGACCCAGAAAAUCAUGUCAGCAACAAGAAGCCCAGGAAACCCUUGGAAGAAUGGGGUGGCCAGGAAGGGCAGUACUACAGCAGCUCCUCCAUGGGCCUCACAGAAGGAAGGGGCACCACUACAGAGCGGUCAGCCUUCCACAGGAAGAGUGGCUUGUUAGAUGAUGACGGCUAUUUCCAGACCAUCCCUGUGGACCUCACCAGCUCCCCAGCCCAGGUGGACGUGCCCAGAAGUGACGGGGGCCUGGACGAGAAUGACCUCAUGCAGGCACCCAAGGGGCUGAGUGACCUGGAGAUUGGAAUGUAUGCCUUGCUAGGCGUCUUCUGCCUGGCCAUUCUGGUCUUCCUCAUAAACUGUGUGGCCUUUGCCCUGAAGUACAGGCACAAACAGGUUCCCUUCGAGGAGCAGGAAGGCAUGAGACAUUCCCAUGACUGGGUUGGGCUGAGCAACCAGACAGAGCUGCUAGAGAGCCACAUGAACUUUGCAUCUGCCCAAGAGGAGCAGAUCACGGCCAUCGACAGGGACUUUGAGGAGAGCAAGUACCUCCUUAGCACGGGCUGCCAGAAGAGCAGCAAUGGCCAGCUGUCCAAGUCUUCAGGGCCCACGGCCACUGACGGGAGAGACCAGAAGAGCGAGCCCCCCACCUCCCCGACCUCGAAACGGAAACGAGUGAAAUUCACCACCUUCGCCACCAUCCCCCUGGAGGACGGCUGGCCCACAGUGAACUCACUUGUGAUGAGCAGCGAGGAUGACAUUAAGUGGGUCUGUCAGGACCUAGAGCCUGGAGAGAGCAGAGAGCUGCACAACUACAUGGAAAGGGUACAUGAGAACAUGUAA